AUGCCUGAUGAGUUCCUUGCCAAGAACCCACCCCCGCUCUGGCUCACUCUCUACCACCUAGUCACGCGCCUCCCUGACACUCUGCGCUCAGACAGGGACCACUUCCUAGCUCGCUGCCCCACCGAGCUCACCAUUGCCCUCCUCGAGAAGGAACUGCUUGCAGCUGAGGCUAGCAUAGUCGCUGUAGGUGCCUCUCGCGGUGACCCCCGUACCCCGUUCUUUGAGGGGUGUUCUCCCUCCCCCCUUCUUCCCUCUGUCGCCUUUGCUGCUGCUGUCGACCUCCUUGGUGCUGAGAAGGUCGCGACUGCGUCUGCUUCGAGUGGGCGCCGCAGCGGCAAGGGCAAGGGGGGCAAGGGCGGUGGUGGUGACAGCGGGGGUGGCGGUGGUGGGGGAGGUGGUGGUUGCGGGGGGGGUGGCGCGGGUGGGGGAGGUGGCAGCAAUGGGGGGGGUGGCGGCAGCGGCGGGGGAGGUGGCCGGGGCGGAGGAGGUGGUGGGGGUGGCGGUGGACGAGGCAGCGGCCGGGGUUGGGGUGGUCGAGGAGGUGGUAGCGGCGGUGGUGGUCGUGGAGGCGCUGGCGGUGGCCAGGGCCAGCAGCACACUCCGUCGCCCGAGGAGGUCCGUACUCGCGUGUCCGCUACCCCAGGUGCUGGUGAGGCUGCUGCUCUAGGUGCGUGUACGUCUGCCCCCCCUAGUACUGUGUCGACUGCAGCACUGCACACCUUCACACUGGAUUCAGGUGCCUCUCGCUGUUUCUUUCGUGACCGCACUGCCCUUGAGCCCCUUGCUCGGCCAGUUGCUGUCUCCCUCGCUGACCCCUCUGGGGGUCCGGUCCUUGCGACCUCCUCCACUGUCCUUCCCUGUCAUGCGGUCCCGUCGGGCACACUGUCAGGUCUCCACCUCCCCUCGUUCUCUACGAACUUGGUGGCAGGUUGUGCACUACAGGACGCGGGUGUUCACCAGUUCACCCCUGCCGACCAGCGUGUCACACACUGCACGUGUGCCCGUACAGGCCGCCACUUGGCUACCUUCACCCGGCAGCCGGGGUCGGAUCUGUACACACUGACUACUGCCCCCCCUCAGGUCGUUGCGUCUGCGUCUGCGUCCGCGUCAGGUCAGCUGUCCGCCCCCUGCUCGUGUCGCUCUCUAGCGCACGAGACUGUCCUCUGGCACCACCGUCUGGGCCACCCGUCUGUGCAGCGCCUUCGUGCCAUGCACUCCCGGUACCUUGUCUCUGGUCUUCCCAGGGUCCUCCCUCCCCUCCCACCCUCGCCUGCUCCUCCCUGUCUUCCCUGUGUCGAGGGGCGGCAGCGCGCCGCUCCUCACUCCUCCUCGUUUCCCCCGACGACUGGUCCUUUGCAGACGCUCCACAUGGACGUGUGGGGCCCAGCCCGCGUCCGUGGUCAGGGUCAGGAGAGGUACUUCCUGAUUGUUGUUGACGACUACUCGCGCUACACCACGGUCUUCCCCUUGCGAGCCAAGGGUGAGGUCCCUGAUGUUUUGAUCCCUUGGAUCCGCAGAGCUCGUCUCCAGCUCAGCGAGCGUUUCCGCUCGGACUUUCCUGUCCUGCGCUUGCACUCUGACAGAGGUGGUGAGUUCUCCUCCGACCUCUUGGCAGCCUACUGUGCCGAGCACGGCAUUCACCAGUCGUCCACGCUUCCGGCCUCUCCACAGCAGAAUGGGGUUGCGGAGCGCCGCAUUGGACUGGUCAUGGAGGUCGCUCGUACCUCCUUGAUCCAUGCGGCUGCCCCCCACUUUCUGUGGCCGUUUGCGGUCCGGUACGCUGCGCAUCAGCUCAACCUCUGGCCCCGUGUCUCCUUGCCGGAGACCUCGCCCACACUGCUGUGGACGGGGGAGGUUGGCGAUGCGUCAUGUUUCCGAGUCUGGGGAUCUCGAGCUUUUGUCCGCGAUUCGUCUGCGGACAAGCUCUCCUCUCGUGCUGUUCCCUGCGUCUUCCUCGGCUUUGUUUCGGACGCGCCUUGUUGGCAGUUUUACCACGCCACCUCGCGCCGGGUCUUGCCCUCUCAGGACGUCACUUUUGACGAGUCUGUCCCCUACUACCGCCUCUUUCCCUACCGCACUGCCCCGCUCCCACCCCCGCCUCUCUUCCUCGCGCCAGGUGCUGCUGUCGUAGACCCCCUCCCCCCUCAGGGUGCCGCUCCCUCAGGUGUGUCUCAGGUAGACCUGGUCGAGCCUGUUGAGGUUGCUGUCGACUCUCGUCCUGCUGGGGGUGCUGAGCCUGGGGGCGCACUAUAG